CCAAGCGGGUUGCUGGCGUCAAAAAAUACAUAAUACAAGAAGAACACAAAUUUAAAGAGAACGGAAGUCCGAAACUCGAUAAUUCGGUAAUUCGAAAGAUUCGAAAUACCGUUAGCUCGAAAUACCGAAAAUAAAAAAUACCGCACAACCGAAAAGAAACGAAAACCGAAAUCGAAAUCGAAAAAUUGCAUUGCGCAUACGCCGCGUGUGUCAGUCCUUAAAGAUCCACCAGAAAAUUAAGAAAUAAAAACUUAAUAAAAUUCCAUUAAAAGAGAGAAAGAAAAAUAAAAAUAAAAAAAAAUUACAAGGCAGCUGCAGCUUUGAGUGUUUCCCACCCCUCCCCGCCGCCACAAAGCACGUGUAUUAUCUGAAGUUGUUUAUUUUUUUUGUUUUUUGCCGUUCGGUUGCGUUCAAGUUGCACUAGAAAAUCGCAUAAUGUGUAGAACUGGCGCCCUCUUACUGGGCCUAUUCGUAAUAUUAUGUGGCAGCCUUAUAGCGGAUACUCAGGCCGAAGCAAACCCCGGCAACGAAAGCAGUUUUCUGGAGGCCUCCCUGCGGUAUUUUGACGAGCAACUGCUCCUGGACAUUCUGCCACGUGCCUCGUGUCCGGGCGAAGAUGAGGGCUCUCCAAUGGACGAGUUCGCCGACCUGUUUACGGUGGAUCAACUCCGUCAAGGCUGGGUGGCGCUGCACGUCUUUGCGGCAAUCUAUUUCUUUAUUUUGUUGGCCAUCAUUUGCAAUGAUUACUUCCUGCCAACGGUGGAGUGCAUCUGUGAGGAUCUACAUCUGUCCAAGGAUGUGGCAGCGGCCACUUUUAUGGCCACUGCCACUUCCAUGCCCGAGUUCUUUACGAACACGAUCAGCACCUUGAUUCUAGACUCGGAUAUGGGUCUGGGUACAAUUAUAGGCUCUCUGAUGUUCAAUACUUUGGGUGUGGCUGGCCUGGCGGCUUUGGCCAUUGAUAAGCCCGUGCAAUUGGACUGGUGGCCCAUAGCCCGUGAUUGUUUCAUCUAUAUCUUCAAUACCAUUAUCCUGUUGGUCCUGGCCUGGGGCGGUAGCAUUAGCUUUACAGAAUCCUGCAUUAUGAUGGGCUUCCUGGUGCUCUAUUAUCUGAUUACAUUCAAUAACAACAAAUUCAUGCCCGCCAUAAGAGUGUUUAUUGAGGAUCGCAUGAAUUGCUGCUUCUCGACGCGUUAUGAUCUAACAGAGCCGCCAGAGAACAGUGCCAAGGCCCAGUUGCCCCUGAAAAAGGAUCCCCUAUCUGGCGAUGGUCUUUUUGUGAUAAAUCUACCCGAGAAUACAUCAUCCAUGUCCUCCACAGCCAAUCUUACACAUUCCAAGCAUUGGAAUGGCGAGGAUGAAGAGGACGAUGACAUGCCCAAGAGUAUCUAUCUUUAUCCCAGGGAUGCCUCCUGCCUGGGUCAAUUCUGGUGGAUCUUUGUCUUCCCCAUCAAGUUUACUCUGUCCCUGCUGAUUCCUCAUCCAAUGAAGUAUCGUCGCCUGUAUCCAUUGUCCUUUAUCAUGUGCAUCCUGUGCAUUGGCGGCAAUGCUUACCUGAUUGUCUGGAUGUUGACCGCUUUUGGUGUGGCUAUUCAUGUGCCCACCAUUGUGAUGGGUCUCACGUUCCUGGCUGCCGGUUCUACAAUGCCGGAGGCAGUGUCCAGUCUUAUUUCGCUGAGAAAUGGUGAAAAUGGCAUUGGUGUGUCCAAUUCUUUGGGUGCCAAUUCCUUGGCUAUUUUGCUCUCCUUGGGUGUGCCUUGGUUUAUUAAGAAUUGCAUUCACUAUGGCAGCGGUGAGCCCCAACAGGUGGGCACUCAGGGCAUCGAGUAUAAUAUCCUUAUUCUGAUCAUUUCCACGGUGGCCCUGUUCAUCGUACUCAGCUGCAGUGGCUAUCGUCUCACCAAGAAGGUGGGCGUGGCCCUUUUCAGUGUCUAUGGUGUAUUCAUUGUCCUGCAGAUUCUCAUCGAGAUGAAUGUCUUCUUCCCAAGGGACUGCAGCACCAGCUAGGAGUGAUGGCCGCCAAGGAUGCCAAGGAGAAGGAAAUCCAAAAACCAAAACCCAAACUUAAGCCCCUUUGGUGCUGGCACCAAAGAAGGGAUUCGUUUGCAAGAACACAACUACUUCCGGUUAGAACUAGUAUAUCCUCGAAGGUCUCUUGCUGCUCCUUGAGGACCUACUCUAGACUCUCCUUAAUGUUUUUUUUUUUUUGUUUGUUUGUUUAUUGCUUUAAUUAUGGCCUAAGACUGUCUUUAGGAUUAAUCGAUGACGAUGAAGCUUCCCAGCAGCGAUUUCUAUUUAUUUCGCUUUGUAAAUAUAUAAUAUAUAUGAUGUAUAGUAACAUAUAUAUAUAGUUUAGAACCGUUGCCAAAGCCCUAAACGAGAUACUAGCCUUUAAGAGAGAGAGAGGAGGAGAGAGGUUAAGCAAAUGCCCUCACGAUAUUCAUUCAACUUUCUGCCACGGACACAUCCAUCCAACUUCCGUUGAUAUUCUGUAUGUGUGUGUGUAGGAUCUAUUUGUUAACGUUAUCUAAUAUAAUAUGUAUGUAUA